GUUUAUUUUGUCUCAUCUAGCAAUUGAGCCUAUUGAAAGGAGCAUAGUUCAAAGUAAUAUUUAUUUUACCUGUUUUUUUACAUAGGCAUACUGAUAUAAAGGUGGAAUGGCUGAAAGAAACUUGUAUGUGCCGCGUGUCAACCAGAUCGACGCCAUUCACCUGAAUGGAGAUAUAACACGGCUAAUACGGAAUAAAUUACUUGAGAACUUACAAGAAAUUUCACCUACCUUGUUUGCGAAGAUACAACCUGAAUUGGACUUGCUUAUACAAUCGGCAAUUUGGUUUGGAUCCGUUGGUAGACAGUGCUCUACAUUUGGUCAGCAAUUGCUUGUUCUGUCCUAUGAUCCAGAACGUUUGACUGUGCCAAGAUUGUUCUUACAUUUUAUGUUAACAAUAAUUCCUAGAUACGUAAAAAAUUUGGAUGAGCGUCGGUUAAGUAUACGCUCUGAAUGGCUGCACAGAAUAAUCGAGUGGGGCGAAAAUACAGCAUUGCUCUUUUCUGUGCUAAAUUUUUUCCGUUUCUUGAAAACCGGUCGUCAACCAAGUUUCGUUGAUUUUUUAUUAGGCUUGGAUUACAUUAGUUUACGCCACAAUCAGCGACGUGACAUAGGAUACAAAUACCUCACACGCGAGUUGUUGUGGGGUGGUUUCAUGGAAAUAUUGGGACUAUUGCUGCCGAUUAUCAAUUUUAGAAUAAUUCAACGUAUUUUUAAGAAUGCCCUGAAAAGCAUACACAACAUGACACCAAAUAGUGCGAGGGCACAUACUGUCGAGGAUAAAUUGACUACAAUGACUUCGAAUACUGUUUGUACCUACUGCGGUGAACGACCAACGUUACCUCAUCACAUGGGCUGCGGGCACAUCUAUUGCUAUUAUUGUUUGUCAGCCAAUAUUUUUACCGAUGCAAAUUUUAAUUGCAUUAAUUGUGGUGCAAAUUGUACUAAUGGAAUUCACGCGGUGUAGUUAUAGCAGCAUCUGUAUGUAAUAACUUGUACAUACAUUGUAGAGUGCACUAUUAGGAAUAUGUUUUGUUAUAAAGGGGAAUACUAUCGUGUUCCAUGUUUUAAAAUAUGCACUAUAUUGAUUUUAUAUAACGUUAAAAUUUCAAAAUAAAAACUUUACUUUUUUACAAUAGAAAU